AUGUCCAAGGCAGGCAGCAGCCAACGCAAAAUCGCAGAGUAUUUGAGACGACCCAAAACCUUCGUGUUUAAUACCCUCCACGACCGCAAAAAGUCCGAAACAACUGGACACUCAAGGAAAACGGCCACGGAGGAUGGCUCUGCCAUAAAGCGAGACUCCAAGAAAGAUCCCUUCAAGGUCUCGAAAAAGAUUCGGGACGAACUGAACUUGUUCGUGAGUUUCCGGACAGUUCAGCGGCGGCAGGUGGAGCAGGCGCUAAGCGAUAAAAGACCCCGGAAGGUCCCGAUGAUGACGCCGAAGCAUCUGAAGGCGCGGCUGAAGUUCGCGAAAGACCACUUCGAUUGA